GAGCUAAGUCGGCGCUUAAGCGUUUCUCUACUAAGGGUGCAAGCUGACGGACUGUGGCAAGGCACGAUGACAUCACUUCCAGGCGCCGGAGACCAGCGCCGGCUACUAAGUUCCCGAGGAAGGAAUUCUCUGUAGAGUAGUGAAAAUGCUAGUAUUAAGUAAGACAGCAAGAAUUUUUUCCAAACCACGGAAAAGGGAAGUUCGUGGAUUUUUAAGAAGCAUUAAUUUUCGUCCUGGAACAUUGUUUCUUCAUAAACUAGUACUGGGAAUUGAAACCAGCUGUGAUGAUACAGCAGCUGCUGUGGUGGAUGACACUGGAAAUGUGUUGGGAGAAGCAAUACAUUCCCAAACCGAAGUUCAUUUAAAAGCAGGUGGGAUUAUUCCUCCAGUAGCUCAACAGCUUCACAAAGAAAAUAUUCAACGGAUAGUAGAAGACGCCCUUUCUGCCAGUAGAAUCUCUCCAAGUGAACUCUCAGCAGUUGCAACUACCAUCAAACCAGGACUUGCUCUGAGCUUGGGAGUAGGCUUAUCAUUUAGCCUACAGCUAGUAAACCAGCUUAAAAAGCCAUUCAUUCCCAUUCAUCAUAUGGAGGCUCAUGCACUUACUAUUAGGCUGACACAUAAAGUGGAAUUUCCUUUUAUAGUCCUUUUGAUUUCUGGAGGUCACUGUCUAUUGGCAUUAGUGCAAGGUGUUUCUGAUUUUCUACUUCUUGGGAAGUCUUUGGACAUAGCACCAGGUGACAUGCUUGACAAGGUGGCAAGAAGACUUUCUUUAAUCAAACAUCCAGAAUGCUCCACCAUGAGUGGUGGGAGGGCUAUUGAACAUUUGGCCAAACAAGGAAACAGAUGGCUUUUUGAUAUCAAUCCACCCAUGCAGAAUGCUAAAAAUUGUGAUUUUUCUUUUACCGGACUUCAGCAUAUUACUGAUAAAAUAAUAAUGCAGAAGGAAAGAGAAGAAGGUGUUGAGAAGGGGCAGAUCCUGUCUUCAGCUGCAGACAUUGCUGCUGCAGUACAGCAUAUCACAGCAUGUCACCUUGCAAAAAGAACACAUCGUGCUAUUCUGUUUUGCAAGCAGAAAAAUUUGUUGUCUCAAACUAAUGCAGUACUGGUUGUAUCUGGAGGUGUUGCAAGUAACUUGUAUAUCCGACGAGCCCUAGAAAUUGUAGCAAAUGCAACACAGUGUACUUUGUUAUGUCCUCCUCCAAGACUGUGCACUGACAAUGGCAUUAUGAUUGCAUGGAAUGGUAUUGAAAGAUUACGUGCUGGCUUGGGCAUUUUACAUGAUGUAGAAGGCAUCCGUUAUGAACCAAAAUGUCCUCUUGGAGUAGAUAUAUCCAAAGAAGUUGCAGAGGCUGCCAUAAAAGUACCACGAUUAAAAAUGAAGAUUUAGUCUCUAAAGGCAUCGCUUCUCAACCUUUUGGCUAAGAUCAAGUGUAAAAGUGUCUUAAGGUAGUAUUCAGCAUUAAACUUAUUUUUGUGUGUGUGUCAAAAUAUAUAAAUAUGUUCAUCAGUCAUCAAGACUUUAUUGUGCAUAUAUGUGUGUGUACAUGUUUGUGGAGGGGCACACGUGUGCAGGUACACUUGCGUGACUGUGCAUGGAGGCAAGAGGACAGCCUCAGGUGUCAUACUCAGGAAUGCUCUUGACCUCCUUUGAGACAAGGUUUCCCAUUGGCUUGGAGCUUCAAUUAGACGAGACUAGGUGAGUCAGUGAACCCUGGGGAGCCACCUAUCUCUGUCUCCCCAGCAUUCGCACUACAAAUUUGUACCACCAUGCUUGACCUUUUUACAUGAGUUGUGAGGAUACAACUAAGGACCUUAUACUUCCAAGGGUAGUACUAUACCUACUGACUGAUUACCUUUAACCCAAGAUUCUUUUUUACCCCCUUAUUUCUCUUCUUCUGAGAGGCAGUAAUUAGGUGUUAUAGUCUUGCAAAGAAGAAAAAGAAUUUUCUUAUCAAAACCCAAAGUGAAAACAAAAGGUAAAGAAUGUACUGAUGUUGGCUGGUUAAAGAAAAAUAAUCCUUGGAAGAAAUAGAGUAAUUUUGUUGAUUCCUGGGUCCUCAUCAUGCAUCCUAGAUCUUUUUCUCUGUUUCUUAAAUAAGAAUAGUUAGAAGCUAUCUUUUUACCUCUACUGAAACUGCACCUGACUUCUUUAAUAAGAGAGCAAUUUUGUUUUGUUUUAGGUCUUUUAAAAAAAAUUUUAUUGAGCUUUUGUACAUUUCAUACAACAGGUCCUAAUCAAAUUUAGACUCCCUCCCCUAUUCCUGAACCCCCUUCCCCACUGGACUUCAUGCGUUCUGCCAUACAUAUUAAGUCCUAUCCAGUCAAGCAUUUGUACCCAGAUGUCCUUCAAUGCAAGUUCAUCCACUGGAGUCUACAUAGAGAUGGUAUGAGGGAGAAUAGACCAUAGAGAAGAGAGCAAUUUUAAAGGAUAACAAAGUCAGAGAAUUCUAAUUCAAGACAAACUUGACCAACAGAAGAUGUGUUAUUCAUUAUAAAAAUAAGUCAUUAGUGGGGCUGGAGAGAUGGCUCCAUGGUUAAGAACACUUGCUGUUCUUCCAGAGGACCUGGAUUCAGUUCCCAGCACCCACAUGGCAUCUAACAACUGUUCAUAACUCCAGUUCCAAGGGAUCCGACACCCUCUCUGGCCUCUGUAGGGCAUUGCAUACACGUGGUGCACUUACAUACAAUGCAGGCAAAACACUCAUGCGUGUAAACUAACAAUUUUUUUAAAAGUCAUUAGGUGUUAUGUCUAGAAUAAGACUGUAUGUUUUUAUAAAAUCAACCUUAAUGGAACCACGUGUAUUCACAUGUUAUUUUAGAAAUUGUAAUUACUUAGAUGAAAAUAAAUGAGAUGAAAAAAAUGUAUUUCUUUUGGAUAAUUUUCUUUGAAUUUGAACCUUUGUAAUGCAAAUACAAGUUUCAUUAUCUUUCCCACCUAAAGUAACUGUUUAUACUGUUUUUGGUCAUAAGAACAAUUCUAUACACUAGUUAAUGUCCUUUGAUUUUGCUAGUAAAGGUUUAUGUUACAUCUGUACUGAACUAAGUUGUUAGCUUUGAUGGCUCUCUUAUCAGUAGCCUGCUUUAUUGAGAAGCUGGAAGUUUAGCAUGGAAAAAAGAUUUAGCAUGGAAAAAAAAACUCUUUUGAGACUGACUCACUUUAUAGCAGACUGGCCUUUAGCUCAUGCUCCUCCUGCUUCAGCUUUCCAACUGGCAGGAUCACAGGCAUGUAUGGAAACAUUUCUUAUUUUAAUCCUGUUUUAAGGUAACUUUCUUCCUAGAAAGUUCUGUAAGCAGUUCUUUUGUUUAAAUUCUGACCAUCUAUUUUCUCCUAGAAAUAGAAAACUGUAAGUAAAGGACUAUGUGGAAAUAGCCAAUACUUGGACUACUUUUAUAUUUUUUGCUGUAUAUGUAUGAUAGGAUUGUAAAGAAGCAAUAGUUAAAAGCAAGAAGUAGUUUGUGAAUUCACACUUUACAAUUGGUUUGCAUUUUGUAUAUGUGAUUCUGAAUUGAUAGACUAGUAUAAUUAUAUUCCUGUGACUACUAUUAUCAG